UAAGAGUCAUUACCACCGGAAUUAGUUCUUAGUAUCUCCAACACGUAAGAAAAAUGUUUACCAAGUUAAACCAGAAUCAACAUCAAUAAACUCAAACAAAAAUCCCCUCAUUUUCGUCUCAUCCGUACACUUCUUGUUUCCCCUCCAAAAACACCGUUUCAGCCGUCGAAUUUUCCUUCCUCAGACAACGAUGUCGCUAAUCUCGGACUUCAUUCUACCUUGUGCUCGCAAAAUAUACACACUGAUUUUAACUCUUCUUUCAUCACUUCUACUUAUGGCAAAAAACAGGAAAAGGCCGAUUUGUGAAGUGGCAGUAAUGGAGCACCGGACGGCGAACGCGUUCGGGUGGGCGGCGAGAGAUCCCUCUGGGGUUCUAUCUCCGUUCAAGUUCUCCAGACGGGCCACCCGGGAACACGACGUCCAAAUCAAGGUUUUAUAUUGCGGGAUUUGCCAUUCGGAUCUUCACGCAGUGAAAAACGACUGGGGCAUCUCUAAGUACCCGCUUGUGCCCGGGCAUGAAAUUGUCGGAGUGGUCACCCGGGUCGGAUCCAAGGUCCGGAAAGUCAAGGUGGGCGACAAAGUGGGCGUUGGAUGCUUAGUCGGGUCCUGCAGAGAAUGUGAUCAAUGUGUUAACAAUCUCGAGAAUUAUUGUCCUCAGCUGAUCCUCACUUACAACAGCAUCGACACCGACGGCACCAUCACUUACGGUGGUUACUCCAACAUCAUGGUGGCGGACGAGCACUUCAUCAUCCGCUGGCCGGAAAAUUUGCCUCCUCAUGUCGGUGCUCCUCUACUCUGUGCCGGCACCACCACGUACAGCGCCUUGAGAUACUACGGCUUCGACAAGCCGGGCCUCCACAUCGGAGUUGUCGGGCUCGGGGGGUUGGGUCACGUCGCUGUUAAAUUCGCAAAGGCCUUUGGAUCAAAGGUAACGGUGAUUAGCACCUCCGUCGGCAAGAAAAAGGAAGCCAUCGAAACCAUUGGCGCGGACGCAUUUGUGGUUAGCCACGAGCCGGAGGAAAUGCAGGCGGCUACUGGGAGUUUAGACGGGAUUAUUGACACGGUUCCUGCACAUCAUCCAAUCGAGCCGUUGUUAAGCUUGUUGAAGCCGCACGGGAAGAUGGUCAUGGUGGGGGCGCCCACGAAGCCGCUUGAGCUGCCGGUGCUUUCGAUAAUUAUGGGGCGGAGGACGGUGGGGGGGAGCAUGAUCGGGGGGCUGAAAGAGACGCAGGAGAUGAUUGAUUUUGCGGCGGAGCACAAUGUGUUGCCGAACGUGGAGGUCAUAUCGAUGAAUGAUGUGAACGAGGCGAUGGAGCGGCUGGAGAAAGGAGAUGUGAGGUAUCGGUUUGUGAUCGACAUUGGGAACACACUGAAACAAGAAUGAUUGAAAUCAUGAGCUAUGAAUCGUUUCAACUUUCAUGUAAAUAACAGCAAUAAUGUUUAGAAGAUAUGUUUGUAAUGUUCACAAUUGUUAGAUCAUGUACAUAAAUAAGACAUGCCAGCCCUAUCUGGGGUUGACUACAUAACGACGUUUUGAUUGCCCAUUUCUGUGAAAUUAGAAAAUUCUAUGAAAUAUUAUUAAUUAAUAUCUAAUUAUUGUACAAUAAUAUGUCAAUGUGGGCAAUUAUC